GGGCGAGCGGGUCGGGACGCUCCCGGAAGUGGGUGAGAGGACGGGCCGGCUCCCUCCGGGGCGGGUCCGCGCAGAGCCGGCCGGGGUCGCGGGUUCGGUCCCGGAGCCUCGCGGGGCGGGGUCGCGGGACGCUGAGGGCCACUCCCGCCGGCCGGGCCCCGCGGCCGCCGCCCCUCCCUCUGCCCUUCACGGCGCCCGGCCCUCUUUGGGCUGCGGCCCGAGCCCGGGGCUGAGCGGCCGGCCUUUCCCCUUCUCCUUUCCUCGCGUCCCUUGGCCGCCUCCGCCUCCGGAGUCGCGGGUCCCGCAGCGUCCCCGGAGCCGCGCGUCUAGCUCGGCGGGUAACUGCUUCAACUUUGAAGUUCUUUUCAUUCUCCUGAGAUAUUUCAAGUCUUCUAGAAGCCAAAAUGGGACACAGUAAACAGAUUCGAAUUUUACUACUGAACGAAAUGGAAAAGCUGGAAAAGACCCUCUACAGGCUUGAACAAGGAUUUGAACUGCAAUUCCGAUUAGGCCCAACUUUACAGGGAAAAUCAGUUACUGUGUAUACAAAUUACCCAUUUCCUGGAGAAACGUUCAAUCGAGAAAAGUUCCAUUCUUUGGAGUGGGAAAACCCAACAGAAAGGGAAGAUGAUUCUGAUAAAUACUGUAAACUUAAUCUACAACAAUCUGGAUCAUUUCAGUAUUACUUCCUUCAAGGAAAUGAAAAAAGUGGUGGAGGUUACAUAGUCGUGGAUCCUAUUUUACAUGUUGGUGCUGAUAAUCAUACAUUACACCUGGACUGUGUCACUCUCCAGACCUUUUUAGCCAAGUGUUUGGGACCCUUCGAUGAAUGGGAAAGCAGACUAAGGGUUGCAAAAGAAUCAGGUUACAACAUGAUCCAUUUUACACCACUGCAGACUCUUGGACUGUCUAGGUCAUGCUACUCGCUUGCUGACCAGUUAGAAUUAAAUCCUGACUUCUCACGUCCUCAUAAAAAGUACACCUGGAGUGAUGUGGGUCAGUUAGUGGAAAAAUUGAAAAGGGAAUGGAAUGUCCUUUGCAUUACAGAUGUUGUCUACAAUCAUACUGCUACUAAUAGUAAGUGGAUUCAGGAACAUCCAGAAUGUGCAUAUAACCUUGUGAACUCACCGCACUUAAAACCUGCCUGGGUCUUAGACAGAGCAUUCUGGCAUUUUUCCUGUGAUGUUGCAGACGGAAAAUACAAAAACAAAGGAGUACCUGCUUUGAUUGAGAAUGAGCAUCAUAUGAAUUGCAUUCGAAAAAUAAUUUGGGAGGAUAUUUUUCCAAAACUUCGGCUCUGGGAAUUUUUCCAAGUAGAUGUUCUCAAAGCAGUUGAGCAAUUUAGAAGACUUCUAACAAAAGAAAAUAGGGGAGUAAUCAAGUCUGAUCCAAAACAACAUCUUCAGAUUAUCCAGGAUCCUGAAUACAGACGAUUUGGCUGUACCGUAGAUAUGAACAUCGCACUAGCGACAUUCAUACCACAUGACAAUGGGCCAGCUGCGAUUGAAGAAUGCUGUAAUUGGUUCUGUAAGAGAGUUGAGGAAUUAAAUUCAGAGAAGCAUCAACUCAUAAACUAUCAUCAGGAACAGGCUGUUAAUUGCCUUUUGGGAAAUGUAUUCUAUGAACGACUGGCUGGCCAUGGGCCUAAAUUAGGACCUGUCACUAGAAAAUAUCCUCUGGUUACCAGAUACUUUACUUUUCCCUUUGAGGAAAUGCCUUUAUCUGCUGAAGAAACCAUGAUUCAUCUCCCAAAUAAAGCUUGUUUCUUCAUGGCACAUAAUGGAUGGGUAAUGGGAGAUGAUCCACUGCGAAACUUUGCUGAGCCAGGUUCAGAUGUUUAUUUAAGAAGAGAACUUAUUUGCUGGGGAGACAGUGUUAAAUUACGCUAUGGAAAUAAACCACAGGACUGUCCUUUUCUGUGGGCACACAUGAGAAAAUACACUGAAAUAAUUGCAACUUAUUUCCAAGGAGUACGUCUUGAUAAUUGCCACUCAACACCUAUUCAUGUUGCCGAGUACAUGUUGGAUGCUGCUAGGAAACUGCAACCCAAUUUAUAUGUAGUAGCUGAGUUGUUCACGGGAAGUGAGGAUCUGGACAACAUCUUUGUCACCAGACUGGGCAUUAGCUCCUUAAUAAGAGAGGCAAUGAGUGCAUAUAAUAGUCAUGAGGAGGGCAGAUUAGUUUACCGAUACGGAGGAGAACCUGUUGGAUCCUUUGUUCAGCCUUGUUUGAGGCCUUUAAUGCCAGCCAUUGCACAUGCUCUGUUUAUGGAUAUUACCCAUGAUAAUGAAUGUCCUAUUGUGCACAGAUCAGUGUACGAUGCUCUUCCAAGUACCACAAUUGUUUCUAUGGCAUGUUGUGCCAGUGGAAGUACAAGGGGCUAUGAUGAGUUAGUGCCACAUCAGAUUUCAGUGGUUUCUGAGGAACGAUUUUACACUAAGUGGAAUCCUGGAGCCUCGCCAUCAGAUGUCGGGGAAGUUAAUUCCCAAAGUGGAAUUAUUGCAGCCCGGUGUGCUAUCAAUAAACUUCAUCAAGAGCUUGGAGCCAACGGUUUUAUUCAGGUAUAUGUGGAUCAGGUUGAUGAAGACAUAGUUGCAGUAACAAGACACUCACCAAGUAUCCAUCAGUCUGUUGUGGCUGUAUCUAGAACUGCUUUCAGAAAUCCAAAGACUUCAUUUUAUAGCAAAGACGUGCCUCAAAUGUGCAUCCCUGGUAAAAUUGAGGAAGUAGUCCUUGAAGCUAGAACUAUUGAGAGAAAUACAAGUCCUUAUAAGAAGGAUGAGAAUUCAAUAAAUGGAAUGCCGAAUAUCACAGUAGAAAUUAGAGAACAUAUUCAGCUGAGUGAAAGUAAAAUUGUUAAACAAGCUGGAGUUACCACAAAAGGACCCAAUGAAUAUAUUCAAGAGAUAGAUUUUAAAAACUUAUCUCCAGGAAGUGUUAUCAUAUUCAGAGUUAGUCUUGAUCCACAUGCGCAAGUUGCUGUUGGAAUUCUUCGAAAUCAUCUGACACAGUUUAGUGCUCACUUUAAAUCUGGGAGUCUUGCCGUUGAGAAUUCAGAUCCUAUAUUAAGAAUCCCUUUUGUUUCAAUUGCCUCCAAAUUAACUUUGGCUGAGUUAAAUCAGGUGCUUUACCGGUGUGAAUCAGAAGAACAGGAAGAUGGUGGGGGAUGCUACAACAUACCAAACUGGUCUUCCCUUAAAUAUGCAGGUCUUCAAGGAUUAAUGUCUGUAAUGGCAGAAAUACGACCAAAGAAUGACUUGGGACAUCCUUUCUGUGAUAAUUUGCGGUCUGGAGAUUGGAUGAUUGACUAUGUCAGUAACCGGCUUAUUUCACGAUCAGGAAAUAUUGCUGAAGUUGGUAAAUGGCUGCAGGCAAUGUUCUUCUACCUGAAGCAGAUCCCACGAUAUCUUAUCCCCUGUUACUUUGAUGCUAUCUUAAUUGGUGUAUAUACCACUCUGCUGGAUAUAGCAUGGAAGCAGAUGUCAAGCUUUGUUCAGACUGGCUCAACUUUUGUUAAACACCUUUCUUUGGGUUCAGUUCAAAUGUGUGCAGUAGGAAAAUUCUCUGCUCUGCCACUUCUUUCACCUUCACUGACGGAUGUCCCAUAUAGGCUAAAUGAGAUCACAAAAGAAAAGGAGCAGUGUUGUGUUUCUCUGGCUGCAGGCUUGCCUCAUUUUUCUUCUGGUAUUUUCCGCUGCUGGGGAAGAGACACUUUUAUUGCACUUAGAGGUUUGCUGCUGAUUACUGGACGUUAUUUAGAAGCCAGGAAUAUUAUUUUAGCAUUUGGUGGUACCCUGAGACAUGGUCUUAUUCCUAAUCUCCUCGGUGAAGGGAAGUAUGCCAGAUACAAUUGCCGGGAUGCUGUGUGGUGGUGGCUACAGUGUAUUCAAGAUUACUGUACAAUGGUGCCAAACGGUCUAGACAUCCUCAACUGUCCAGUUUCCAGAAUGUAUCCUACAGAUGAUUCUGCUCCUUUGCCUGCUGGCACACUGGAUCAGCCAUUGUUUGAUGUAAUACAGGAAGCUAUGCAAAGACACAUGCAAGGCAUCCAGUUUCGGGAAAGGAAUGCUGGUCCACAAAUAGACCGAAACAUGAAGGAUGAAGGUUUUAAUAUAAUUGCUGGGGUUAAUGAAGAAACAGGAUUUGUUUAUGGAGGAAAUCGCUUCAAUUGUGGUACAUGGAUGGAUAAAAUGGGAGAAAGUGACAGAGCUAGAAACACAGGAAUCCCAGCCACUCCCAGAGAUGGGUCUGCUGUGGAAAUUGUGGGCCUGUGUAAAUCUGCCGUUCGUUGGUUGUUGGAGUUAUCCAGAAAAAAUAUUUUCCCAUAUCAUGAAGUUAGAGUAAAAAGACAUGGAAAGGUAGUAGCAGUCUCCUAUGAUGAGUGGAAUAGGAAAAUACAAGACAACUUUGAAAAACGGUUUCACGUUUCCGAAGACCCUUCAGCAUCUACUGAAGAGCAUCCGAAUCUGGUUCACAAGCGGGGCAUCUACAAAGAUAGUUACGGAGCCUCAAGUCCUUGGUGUGACUACCAACUCAGGCCCAACUUUACCAUAGCAAUGGUCGUGGCACCAGAACUUUUUACUGCAGAGAAAGCAUGGAAAGCUUUGGAGAUUGCAGAAAAAAAAUUGCUUGGUCCCCUUGGCAUGAAAACUUUAGAUCCAGAUGAUAUGGUUUACUGUGGAAUUUAUGACAAUGCCUUAGACAAUGAAAACUACAACCUUGCUAAAGGCUUCAAUUAUCACCAAGGACCUGAGUGGCUGUGGCCUGUUGGGUAUUUUCUUCGUGCAAAGUUGUAUUUUUCCAAAUUGACGGGUCGGGAGACUCAUGCAAAGACUGUAUUUUUGGUUAAAAAUGUUCUUUCUCGACAUUAUGUUCAUCUUGAGAGAUCACCUUGGAAAGGUCUUCCAGAACUGACCAAUGAGAAUGGCCAAUACUGUCCUUUCAGCUGUGAAACACAAGCCUGGUCAAUUGCUACCAUUCUUGAAACACUUUAUGAUUUGUAGUUGAUUCAUGAAUAUUUAACAGGCAUGUGAUCAUUUAGGUUAUGAAAUAGAAGGCCGUCCUACAGUCUAAAUGCCUUCUAUGCAGAAGCUCGAGUAAUUUUAACAGUCUUAUUUGUUUAAUAUUGAUUCCAAGUAUGUAAAAUUAUGAAAGCAUUGAUUUUUUUAAUGUACAGAGCUUGCAAUUUGAAUCAGAAAUAAAAAUUAUCAACACCAUGGUAAUAUGAUGGAAUUCCUCAGUAUCUGAAGAAUACUGAAUCCAAAAUAUAAUCUGUUUUAAACAAAAUUAAAAUAUGGAAGUGGAAAAAAAUCUUUAAAUUGUAGUAUCUAUUAUAUAUAGUAACUGUAUAAUGCAUAGACCAAGUUUUGUACUUUUAGCAUUUUUCAUACUUUGCACACUGCAUUCAACAAAUAUUCAAUCAGUGUUGAGUGAUGGAUGUUUCUGCCACAGUAUUUUCAUAUAUGGAGCAUAGGUUUCAAAAUGUAACUUCCUUUUUUUCAUUGACAUGAUAAUGCUUAUUAAUAUAGUGAAUUUUAGCAGUGUGUUUGCCAUAUUUUAUUAUGCUAAUGAUGUAUACUAUAUAUUGAAAAAUAUGAAGCAUUAGGAAAAUUACUUCCUAAAAAAACUUUCUAAAAUUACUCUGAAGUUCUGGUCUGCUGUUAUGAGAUAAAUUUACAUUUUCAAAAUGGAACUUGUUAGGGGUAUUUAUGAUAACAUUAAAGAAGAAAUAUUAUAUUAAUUUUCUAAAAAUUAACUGUAAUUUGUGUAGAAAAAUCUAACAGUAGAUCUUUGUUGAUACUGGGUUUCUGUUAACAGAUGCCUACAUUGAUAAGUUUAGCAAGAGAUCAAUAUUGAGAUAAUGAAAAUAGUGAUAUGAAUUAAGUAAUUAUCUUGAAUUCAAAGAAAUGGUUUGAGUUCUUUUUUAUGUUAAUUCAAAACAUCUUAAAUUUGAAAGAAUUUAUAGAAAUUGUUUUUAAUAUUUAUGCAAGUUGACAUUUUUUGAAUUGUACUUAUUUUGUAGAUGGAAUUUUUUUUACUGUUUUACUGUUUUUGUGUCAAGAGACACUGGACUCAAAAUUUUAUCAUUAUACUUUGAAUUUGAACAGCAUAGUUGCAAAAAUAAUUCAUUGCUAAUUUAUAGUUAGUAAAAAUAGUGGUUUGUAGCACUUUCCUCAGAGAUCACAUAUCCUGUGACCUUAACUGUGACGAAGAAAUAAAGUCAAAGAAGAAACAGGCAUGUCAACUGCCUGUGCUAGAAAGCUUGUACAGUUCAAUAUACGAUGGCUGGCACACCUUUCUUCAAAGGUGAUCCCAUUUUAGAAAUCGUCUCCUGGAUUCCUAGCCUAAUGCAUAUUAAAUCCUAGCAAACUUAAGGGCAGUUGCAAUAGUAAUCUGACCACACUUUAUAAACACAUUGGGUUCUAAAUUUCCUUUCCCUCUUCAGUUUCGUUCUGGGACAGUAUAUAACUCACCAUACUCUUCAU